GAUAAAUUAUUAUUUUUUCACUAAGUUUUUAGUUUCAAAAUGUCUUUCGAUGUUUUGGAUGGAAUGUAUUAUGUACGCGAGACCAUCGGCUCCGGUGGUUUUGCCAAAGUAAAAUUAGGUUAUCAUGUCCUGACUGGGGACAAAGUAGCAAUCAAAAUUAUGGAUAAAAAGACUUUGGGAGAAGAUUUGCCAAGAGUACGCACAGAAAUUGAGGCCAUGAGACAUUUGAGUCAUCAGAACAUUUGUAAACUUUAUCAAAUUUUUGAAACAGAAGAAAAAUUUUUUCUUAUUUUAGAGUACUGUCAUGGUGGCGAGCUGUUUGACUACAUUGUUGCAAAGGACAGACUGUCGGAAGAUGAAGCUAGGCAGUGUUUCAGGCAAAUUGUUGCUGCUGUGGCCUACAUUCAUGAUCAGGGCUAUGUUCAUAGGGAUCUCAAACCUGAAAAUUUAUUGCUGGAUGAAGAUCAAAAUUUAAAACUUAUUGAUUUUGGACUCUGUGCACAGCCAAAGGGUGGGUUAGGAACCUAUUUGAUGACCUGUUGUGGCAGUCCUGCCUAUGCUGCACCUGAACUCAUUGCCGGCAAAAAUUACUUUGGUUCCCAGGUUGAUUUGUGGAGCAUGGGCGUUCUGUUGUAUGCACUUCUUUGUGGCUUCCUUCCAUUCGAUGAUGAUAACAUCAACCUGCUGUACAAGAAGAUUCUGACUGGGAAAUAUGAAGUUCCAAAAUGGCUGUCAAAGGAUAGUGUUGAGAUUUUAAAGUGUCUCCUUCAAACUGACCCCAGCAAGCGAAUCACAAUCAGGGACCUCAUCAGACAUCCGUGGAUUCUCAAGGGCUACCAACUGCCUGUUUCAUGGGCCUCCAAGUUUCAGAAGAACGUGUUUGAUGAGGACUGCCUGACCGAGAUGUCCGUGCACUACGGCGUAUCCAAGCAGGAGGUCAAAGAGAAGGUGCAGCUCUGGAAUUAUGAUUACAUCACAUCCACCUAUCUACUUUUGCAGAAAAAGAAAAUACAAGGAAGGCCAGUUAGACUUCUUAGGCCAAAACACACGCCAAGAAACAGAUCAAACAUGGCAGAUGCAUCACAAAACAUUGCAAUGUCUUUGUUUGCUGAGCCCAUUCCUAAAUUAGAGUUGACUGAAGAGUUGGUGAGUGAAUCAGCGAGCGUGGAUGUUGUUGGCCAGAAAGAGGAACACCAAAUGAAGGAAAUAAAACGAAAUCGUCCAUGCAAGGAGAGGCAACAAAACAUCAUCCACAACAGUUACAAUCCCACCAAAAGUUACAUUGUUGGCAACAAUAACAACGAUAUUAAUAGUAAUAAGAGUUACAACACCAAUGACAACUAUAUCAACAGUGAUCACAUUGAUAGCGGCAACAACAAAACCUACCAUGGCAACCAGAAUCAAAGGUUUAGCAACGAAAUUAACAUCAGAGAUAUUAUAGGUAAAAACUUUGAGGAUCUGACCCUGAAUGAUGACAGGAGUGUCAACACAACUAACUACCACAACAAGAAACCUCUUUACUUAUCUGAUGACGUGUCAACAGAUGAGAGAAAAGAAAAUUUCCCAUUUAUACGUCCACGAACUCCCAGAGUGAGACCGAGACCUGUCACCGUCGGUAUCACACCAGUUUCUAAACCAAAGAAGAAAAGUCCUCCACCUAUUUUAUCAACCAUACUGAGUUCACAAGGCACACCAAAGGCAUCGGCAAGGUUAACAGCAGAAGAAAGAUUUCUGGGCACGAGUAGCACACUCUCUCCUUCAAGAUCCAUGGAUUCUCAACUCAACCAUCUUUCUGCCAGUGUCAACACAACACCCAUCAGCGCUCAGAUAACCGCUGGCGGUUCAGUUGAUACAGAAAUAGAUCGCUUAUUCAUUCACGACAAUGUUGAUGAUACCCCAACUUGUGUUAAGUCAGCAAGAAAAGCAACGUCCGUUUUUGGCAGUUUGGAAAAAAGUAUGGACAAGUUGUUGUGCAUGUUAACUCCAAAGAAAAAGAAUACAACAAGCCCAGACAAGCCAAGAAUUGUUAAGGCCAUGCAUAAUGUAUCAAACAUAUGCCAAAAGCAUCCUGACGAAUUGCUCUCAGACAUGCAGAAUGUGCUAGACUUCAUGAAAGUCUACUACAAACAAGCUGGAUACAUACUAAGAUGCACCAUCUCAGAUGAUUGGGGUAAAGUUCGUUUGGCUUUUGAUCUGGAAGUGGUGGAGCUUCAUAAAUCAUCAUUCGUCGGCAUAUGCAGGAAGAGAGUUAAAGGAACAACGUGGCAAUACAAGAAGCUGUGCGAGGACAUUCUCGUGUCUGUCAGCUGAUUGGUGGUGGCUGUUGUGAUGACAGCACCAAAACCUGGUUGCUCUUUUCAUGCAGUUUCAGCGUUACGUUGUUAGCAGACAUAUCAUUCAUUUUAAAAGACAAUAGUGGAACAUUAACAUAUAUAUAUUUAACAUGAUCAUUCGGUUAUAUUCCAUGAUCGCCAGUUAUGAGUCUCAUUAAUUUUUGAAACUGUUUAUUGAUUAUAAUUAAAUAUUACCUGCGUGAUAUUGAAAUAUUUUUAGACUAAUUUUCAUAUAUUGACUAAUUUUUGUUUUAACAUUGAGAACAAUUUUUUAAUAUAUGUGCGAGUUUUGACGCUCCGAUAUAUUUUAAAGUUUAGACGAUCCACCUUACAUAUGCAAG